UUUAUUGAAGAUGAUGUAUGCAAAAGAAAUGGUUAAAGUAAUGAUCGUCCUGUUUGCAAUUUAUGUUUUUGCAAAAUCAGAAGGGAAACCCAUGAAAAGGAGAUCUGUGAGUGAAAUACAGCUUAUGCAUAACCGGGGUAAACAUCUGAACGCGAUGGAAAGGACAGAGUGGCUACGGAAGAAGCUGCAGGAUGUGUAUAAUUUUGUUUCCCGCCAAGCAUCUGUAGUUCCCAAGGAUGAUGUUUCCCAGAGGCCCCAAAGAAAGGAAGACAAUGUCUUGGUUGAGAGCCAUCAAAAAAGCCUUGGAUACACAGACAAAGCUGAUGUGGACGCAUUAACUAAGGCUAAAUCCCAGUGAAAACACAUGUAUCAGAGCACUG